CCCAUAAGAAUAUAAUCAAGUCUGACUGCUUAAUAGCCUGUCACUUAAAAUAGAAGAUAGAUAGAUUUGACUCCAAUUCAAAAAUCCGUUCCGUGAUUUCCUAAAUAUGAACGGUUCCGUGCAUGGUUUGUACAGUUAGAAUAAUUAAACAUUGGAAGAAAAAAAAAAAUAAUAAUACAUAUAUAUGUUUAGUAAUCUAGAUCAGGCUUGUGGGUUUUGAUUCGAUGAUGCUGAAGUAGCUCUGCAGUCAUCUGUUGGUGAGUUUAUUCGAAACGCAGCACGAUUCGCUGGGACUUGCGCCAAUCUGACCUUUGACAGCCAGCGGAUGACAAAUGAAAGGUCAGCGUUUCUGACAUCAGCUGGGGCAUCGGAGAAUGACAGACAGUGCAUCGAAAGCUGGUCGAUAGCAGCGGAGACUUCUGCACCGGGGGACGAAGUGGUAGUGGCGGCGGCGGCGGUGGUUUGACGGCAGUGACCCUCGGCAGCGUUAAAACAGGCCCUGCGCGACAGGACGACUACAGCACCAUGGACAGCUCAGGCCCUCCUUCUCCAGAUAUGGAUGGAAACUACGGAGGGGGACUUCUGGAUAUGGUUAAAGGAGGUGCUGGAAAGUUCUUCAGCAACAUCAAGGACAACCUGAAAGACACCAUCAAAGACACCUCUACCAAGGUCAUGAACCAAGUGGCCACGUAUACAAAAGGAGAGUUGGACAUUGCUUACAUCACCUCACGUAUUAUCGUGAUGUCAUAUCCUGCUGAGGUGGUGGAGAUGGGCUACAGGAACCACACCGAGGAUAUCCGUAGUUUUCUGGACUCACGGCAUGCCGACCACUACACUGUUUUUAACUUAUCACAGAGGAACUAUCGGGGGGCCAAGUUCUCCAACAGAGUUUCUGAAUGCAAUUGGCCUUCCAGGCAGGCCCCGAGUCUUCACAAUCUAUUUGCCGUGUGUAAGAAUAUGUACAACUGGCUCAAGCAAAACCCCAAGAAUGUGUGUGUGAUCACCUGUUCGGAUGGCAGAGCUCCUUCAGGCGUGCUGGUCUGUGCCAUGUUCUGUUUCUGCCACCUUUUCGCCAACCCGGUGCCAGCCAUGCAGCUUCUCAGCGCCAAGAGAUCUGGAUCUGGCCUGUGGCCCUCCCAUAGGAGGUACAUAGGUUAUGUAUGCAGUUUAGUCUCAGAGAAGCCAACCAUACCACACUCCAAACCGCUAGUCAUUAAAUCCGUCACAAUGAGUCCUGUUCCUUGCUUCAACAAACAGCGCAGUGGCUGUCGGCCAUUCUGUGAUGUACUUAUUGGCGAGACCAAGAUAUUUUCUACAGCUCAGGAGUACGAGAAAAUGAGGGAACACAGAGUUCAAGAGGGCAAAGUGGUCUUUCCUGUGGGAGUGAGUGCCCAAGGAGACGUGGUGAUUUCAGUCUAUCACAUGCGGUCCCAUGCACUUCAGGCCAAGGUAACAAACACCCAGAUAUUCCAGAUUCAGUUCCAUACUGGUUUCAUCGCCCCUGGCACCACUGUCUUAAAGUUUCUGAAGACGGAGUUGGAUGCAUGUGAUUCUCCAGAAAAAUACCCUCAGCUGUUUCAUGUGUUGUUAGACAUUGAGGUUGAAAGUACAGAGAAACAGAAAGAUCUCACCCCACCGUGGGAGCAGCUCCCCACCAAAGACCUGAGCCCCAACGUGCUUUUCUCUUGUCAUCAGGAACACCAGGAUGCACUUGCUAUUGCAGAUCCCGCACAGGGCCAUGGGAGCUGCGGAGGCAGAGUGGGGCCGAAUGAGGAGAGCGAACCAUCAGAUGAUGAAAUGCUCUCCCUUUCUAGUCAGCAGAGUAACACGAGCAAUGAGAAAUCAAAAGCAGCUAAGAAACCAGAGCCCCAGCCUGCAGCGUCCCCUCCUCCAGCAGCUGAUGAGGUAGAUCUGCUGGGACUGGAUGGUGAUGCAGCUACGCUUCCUCCAUCCUCCCCACAACCUCCGACCACCGGCACCACCACAGACCUGCUGGGGGACCUGUUUGGAGCUCCUCCCACACCACAGCCAGCCAGCGGCCCCACUUCUGCUCAGUCCACCCCGCGGAGAUCCGCAGCCUCCUCCUCACCCUGUCCAUCACCUCGAUCUGGAGACACUUUCGACCUGUUUGGGUCUGGGCCCGCUCCCGCCCCUAAGCCGCAGGACUUCAUGGGGGCUUUCCUGGGUCCAGGUAAUAUGGGGCAGCCAGACCCCUUCCUGCAUGCUGCACGAUCUCCGUCUCCUACAAUGCAGAACAUGGGCAUGGGUCGCAGUUCACCUGUGCCACCCACUACUCCCACUGUCAACAUCCAGCUAGAGGGCUCUGCAGGAGCAUGGGAUUGGAACAAACCAGCACCUGCAGUCAUACCAGGUGGAGGUUUUGGGAUGGGAAGUAAGUCUGCCAACACUAGCCCAACCAGCUCAGUUCAUGGUACUCCCACCCACCAGGCCAAACCCAACACUUUGGACCCUUUUGCUGAUCUGGGUAACCUAGGAGCUGGUCUGGGAGGAGGUGGUUCAGGAUUCUCUAGCAAGCCAACCACACCUACUGGUGCCGGAGGAGCAUUUCCACCCAUGGGCUCCCCCCAGCGUCCCGCCCCCUCUCCCCAGCACACUGCCUCUGGAGGCUGGCAUCCCAGCACAGGCUUCCCCUCAUGGCAGCCUGGAGGUGGGGCUCAGUGGCAGACGCAGACCCAGGGUGCACAGCACCAGACCCCAUCUAAAGCACCAGGACCCUCUAUGCCUCACGCUUCUCCACAGAACAGACCCAACUACAACGUCAGCUUCUCCACCAUGGGUGGAGCUUCGCCAGGAGCCACUGGGGCAAAAGCUCAGCCUAAUAUGGGAACCAGACCAAAGGUUUCGGACGCUAACUUUGAUGACCUACUCUCAGGCCAGGGCUUCGCUGGCACUAAGGAGAAAAAAGGGCCAAAAACCAUAGCAGAAAUGAGAAAAGAGGAGAUGGCAAAAGAAAUGGAUCCAGAGAGAAUCAAGAUCCUGGACUGGAUUGAGGGGAAGGAGAGGAACAUCAGAGCAUUGCUGUCCACCAUGCACACGGUGCUUUGGGAAGGGGAGACGCGCUGGAAACCUGUAGGCAUGGCUGACCUUGUCACACCAGAGCAAGUGAAGAAGGUCUACCGCAAAGCUGUUCUGGUGGUGCACCCUGACAAGGCUACAGGACAGCCCUACGAACAAUAUGCCAAGAUGAUUUUUAUGGAACUUAAUGAUGCCUGGUCAGAAUUUGAAAGCCAAGGACAGAAAGCACUGUACUAAGACUUACUGUAUAUGAUCACAACCAGUCAGCAGUUCCUGCCCCGAUUAGACACCCUGCAGCCCACCAGUCCUUGAGACGCUCCUUUGUUAUCUCUCCCACCUCCAGGACCCUCCUUCAUAGAGACAUCAGAGCUUACAUCUAGAGUAUAGUUGUGUGUAUCUCUCUAUCGAUCCAUGUAUCAGGUCCCAUCAUGCACUAGAUCAACACAACUGCUGUAUGAGAAGACUCCUUCUGGAAAAAGUAGCAUUCAGCUUUGUUUUAAAAACUCACCAACAUAACAAAGAUCAGACUUUGGCGUUAAACAGCUGUGAAAUAUUUCUCUGAACAUUAGCAGUCAACCAGGUCAUCAAAAAAAAUUAUUCAGGAGCUUUCAGGUGAGUUUUGACUUAAUAAAUGGGUUUAGUGCUGAGGAAACAUCUAUAACAAAUGAAAAAAAUAUUUUCUAGACACUCCGGAAUUCUGCAAGACAAACCUCACACCGCUUUGGCUUGUAAUACUUUAUUAAAUAACUGUCAAAAACCUUUGCCGGCUGUUAUUUAAUAAGGUUUUGCAUGCUACAGCAGUAUUCAGGACCUUAUCAAUUUCUUCCAUUGUGUCCAGCGCACCUGCUCACGAACCACUUAUCUGUGCGAGGGGUGUGUAGUUAUUUGUUGGCUUUACAAGACAACUAUAAAAUGUGUGAAAAUAAAAGUGGUUCUAGGUAUAGUCAGGGGUUUUAGUUCAGUCAGGGGCUAGAGGUUAAGAAAGAACACUCCAACAAAAACUAAUAAAACUUCUUUCAGAAGUUAAAUGACGCGGUACUGGAGGGCAGAAGCACAAUACGUAUAAGAGACUGUACAGGAAAUGGGAGGUUUUUACACACUUGAUCUGUGAAAUGCAGUUGAUUUAACUAGCAGUUUAUUCUUAUGUUGUUUUUUACUGAAUAUUGAUCUGUAUGUAUAUGUUGCACUAUAAUAACAUACUGUUUACAACAUAAUUCAAAGGAAAUUGUUUAUUCAUGUAGUUAUUCCAUAGAAAAAGUAGUUUUGCAGGUACCUCAAAAUGACAUGGCUUGUUCGGAGCUGAAAGUUGGCGGUUAUGUUAACUUAAUGUCUUUAAUGUCUGGUUAAUGGUGCCCUAAAGAACUAGUUACACUUCUUAGGGGCCAUUCAAACAGAAUGCGUUUAUGCUUUGAAAAACACAUUGUGUGCGGGAAGCUGCUAAAGACGAGAACGCAAUGGUCAAACACAUUCGAGCGCAUUUACACAGAAAAACAAUAAUUAAAAAGUAGCAUAUUGGAAUGGAAAAACACAGCCCCUUAGUACUUUUUUGAAGUACUAAACGGUUAUCAGGAAUCCUCAAAUUUGCUUAAAGUUUUGCCUAGCAACUGCGUUCAUGCUUGCUACUGAAACACCUUUUGACUGAGGAAUGGGAUCGAUGGAUAGUGUUCAAAACCUGUUGUUUUAUUACCAUAGGUGUCUUUUAAACCGACUGAACAUAUCAUUCAGAGUGGACCGUUAAUAUUUUGACAUUAAAUCCUGAAGGCCAUUAUGCAAUAUAAGUGGAUAUGUCUUUAAAAUCCAGUAUCGGUAUCCGUAUCCUCAUUAAUGUACUGCAUGUUUGACUGUAAGUGGCACGUGGUCCAAAGGAAGGUUCUAGAGUGUACAGCCACUAAUCUGCCCUUUCUCUUCUCAAUAUAUUUGCACUUGAAUGGCAUUAGGUAAAUCCAGAACACACUCGUGUCAUAACUUGCAGUACUUGCUGUACAUCUUGUUCAUGCUUUGCCUUCCUCUUUUCAGUCAUGCAGUGAUAUACUGAAGCUUUAACUGUAUCAAAGCUCAUACGGUUUGCUGUUACCUUCCCUUUGACACAAUGCGACUCUAAAAAGAAUGCUAACAACGGACAAAGACAACAGAUAGCGAGAACCGAGCAAAAGAAAGGAUCCCUGUAUCUAGGAUGGAACUUUUCCGCCCCCCUCUUGUGGACUGAGCCGUUUAUCUUCGAUCUUAGGAUACCAUAAUUGUUGGAAGCUAACCUCUGUAUACAGUAGUGAAUGUGUGGUGUUCAGUAAUGCUGUUCUCUGUAAGGAAGAGAUACGGUUUUGAUACAGCUCUGUGUUUGUUUGCUGUAUCAGUAUUAAUGUGACAUGAAUUUGUUUUCUGUGUCCUUUUUUUUCUAUUCCUGUUCUCCAUAUGGAGCUGUACAUAUGAUGAUGUGCAUUGCACAAAUAAAUGGGAAACAUAAAGAC